AUGGUCAUCCUCUUGAUGAGCACUGGCAAAGCAAACAUCAAUCACAAAUCUUCAUCAGGGAGAACGCCUCUUGCACUCGCAUCUUACGAGGGACACGAGGGCGUUGUCAAAUUCCUACUACAAUUUGUCGCAGUUGAUGUCAAUUCAGCAGAUGCUGAUGGUAGGACGUCUCUCCACCAUGCGGUGUGGUAUGGGUAUACAGACAUUGUGAAACUUUUAUUGGAGACAGAACAGGUGGACGUGAAUUGUGCAGACCUUCAAGGGCGUACGCCUUUGGAUAUCGCCGAGGAAAGAGGCUUUCAGAGCAUUCUUGAGAUUCUAGAAGACUAUAGGAAGCAAAAAGAGUGGUGUCCAGUGUUGGUUUGUCAGGUUGCUGAGACAAACACGAAGUAG